UUUGGUCUGUCGGGGCGGAGCCUCCGCACCGGUGGGCGGGAGGUGGUGUCUGUUUGUCCGCAGGUGAGCGGCAGUUACGGAAGUCAACGACCCACCGCAAACGGAGUGUCGAAAAGCUGUCAGAAAUGACUUUAAUACAACUUUUACACUAAUAUGAUCUAAGGGGGACUUAAAAUACACCAUGGUGAAUUUAGGAGUAUGCUGUGCCAACCUCAAGGACAACAAAGCCCUGAUGAAGAUGGGGCUGGGGCUGGUGUUGGUGGGCCAUGUCAACUUUCUUCUUGGUGCGCUGGUACACGGCGCUGUGCUCCGACACAUCAACGUGCACGCUCAAGCCCGUACCAUGGUGUACGCCAUCGCUAAUGUCAUCGCCAUUGUGGCAGGCUUGUUUGGGAUUAGUAGUGGAAUAACAGCCAUUGUCCUAUCCAAAAACAAGAAAAACAGGAUCCUGCAGUGGGUCUUGUUGGUCUUUGGCUUUGUGGCGGGCCUCCUGGCAAUUGCCUCAGCCUUAGGCUUAUCAGUUGCUAUGGUGAAGGCCAUUAUUUACAAAGGAAAGAGCCUGCUAACGCACUGCGAGUCUUCUGAGAAGAUCAUUGACUCCUCUUCCAGCAUCACAUACGAAUGCCCCUUUGACCCCACCCGGAUUUAUGGGACAACAAUCAUUCUGUGGGUGCCUCUCAUCUUGAUGUCCAUAGUGGAAAUGGUGUUUGCCUUCCGCUGCUUUGCUGCAUGUACUUCAUUCCUCUACCUGUGUCCGUGCAGGACGAGGCCAACCCUGGCCAGAAGGGUGCGUAUCCAGAGAGAAGUUUAUGAAAUUCCAUCAUCGCCUCCAGCACAAGAUCCAGAGGCCGAUGGUACACCUGAGCCUGAAGAGCAGGACGAACUGCUGGAUGGAGUCACGGCAGUGGAAACGGGUGAAUGGCUCUGAGGCAGCUAAACCUAACGAGAUAGGUUGCAAACUGUUGGGCCUGCACUGGAUAAAUCAUCCAUGAAGUUGUUGAAUUGAGUGUGUCUGUUACGCCUUGAACGUCCAAAGAAAUCUAUGGGACUAAAACCAGCAGAGGCAAUAACAUUUAAUUUCCUUCUGUAUCAAAAUGUGUUGUUUUUUUUCCUUUUAAAAAUACUGUUGGUUUGAAAUGUUCAUGUUUUGCUGUUAUGUCAUGUACUUGUAUUGGUAUCUUGACAUUAAAUGUCUUUUUUUAAAUGUUGUCAAUCAUUUCAUUAGACCAGAUGCAACAUUUUAUGUUAGAAAAACCUUAAAGAAUAUAGCUACAUAACUUUUUUUAGGGCAGUUUUUAUUGGUGUUGAAAAUGUGGUCAACACACACCGGGGUCUGUCAGAUUUAAAUGACAUUUCCAAGCUCUCUUGGGGAACACUUUUACUUAUGUUUCAGAAUACAAAUAUAUAUACACAACAAAUUCAUUCUGGCAUUUGUCUUGCUUCCCAUUUUACACUGAGUACUACUGGACACUAAAGUCCAAAAUUUCAGUGGAAUCUAAGACGCAUACCGACUCAAACGUUUCGAUAUUGUGAGGCAGGAGUCCAGGAAAUUUACCAAAGACGAUGUCAAUGUGUCAGUAAAGGGCACAUAAGAAACUACAUUCUAAAAUAUAAGACUGUAAUGUACACUAUGACAUGUAAAAAAAAGGUAUGCAGGUAUGUACACAACCUUCUUAACCACUCUUGGUGACCUUAGCAGGCAAGACCAGUGACACAAAUGUAUUACAGAAAAGUAUCUAUUGUAUAAACAUGCUUCAAACUACAUAUUCAAAGACAUGGGACUGAAAGACGAAACAGAGUAGCCAAAAUAUCUAUGAUUUAAAUAAAUUAAAUCCAUCAGAUAUAUAAAAGCAUACAUGUACUAAGUCAUUUUACAGAGUUGCUUCACACGGGAAAAGCAAAUGUCAUAGCGUAAAAAGAUUUAA